AUGAGUUUUAAAGGUUUUGGGAGAGCUAUCACUAGAGCACCACAAUCCUUCCGUCAGAAGUUCAAUAUGGGUGAGCAGACGGAGGAUCCGGUCUAUGAGGAUGCUGAACGUCGUUUCAAAGAACUGGAAGACGAAACUAAGAAGUUAAGUGAUGAGUCAAAAAGAUAUUCCACUGCAGUCAAUGGUAUGUUGAAUCAUCAAAUUGGUUUUGCCAAAGCUAUGGAAGAAAUUUUCAAGCCAAUCAGUGGUAAAAUGAGUGAUCCUAAUGCCACUAUUCCAGAAGAUAAUCCAGACGGUAUUGAAGCAAGUGAACAGUAUAGAGCUGUCGUUGCAGAAUUACAAGAGACUUUAAAGCCUGAUUUGACUUUGAUUGAAGAUAAAGUUGUCAAACCUUGUCAAGAAUUAUUGAAGGUCAUUACCUAUAUCCGUAAGAUGGCCACUAAGAGAAAUCACAAGAAAUUGGAUUUGGAUAGACGUCUAAACACUUAUAGUAAGUAUGAAAAUAAGAAGGAGCCAACCGCAAAGGAUGAAGAAAGGAUGUACAAAGCACAAGCAGAAAUGGAGGUUGCUCAACAAGAAUACGACUACUAUAAUGAAAUGAUGAAAACUCAGUUGCCAAUAUUAUUUAGUUUGGAGGCUCAAUUUGUUCAACCUUUAUUUGUUUCCUUCUAUUAUAUGCAAUUGAACAUUUUCUACACCUUAUACAAUCGAUUCCAAGAAAUGAAAAUUCCUUACUUCGAUUUGGAUAGUGAUAUCGUAGAGGCAUUUACGAUAAAGAGAGGUAAUGUUGAGGAACAAGCUGACUCUUUGGCAAUCACUCAUUUCAAAGUAGGUUACUCUAAGGCUAAAUUAGAAAUGACAAGAAAGAAAUAUGGAGCUGAUUCUACUCCUCCACCUUCUGCUCCAGCAUACGGUGUUGGUGCUGAUGGUGCUUCUCCAGGUGCCACACCAGGGUAUGGUGCACAAGUUCCAGCCGUUACUCCAUAUGGAGCAGGUGCAGCCGCCGCUGCUCCGGGUUAUGGUGCCGAUCCAGCUGCUGCUGUUGUCACACCAGGUUACGGUGCUGCUGCUGUCACACCAGGUUACGGCGCACAAGUUCCUGCUGUUACUCCAUAUGGAGCUGCUGCUGCUGCCCCAGCAGUAGCAGCUCAAGGAUACGAUGUUAAAUCAUCAGUUCCACCAGCACAACCAGUGCAAGCACCAGGACCACCAGCAUAUUCAGCAGCUCCACAAGCAGAAACAUGCACCUCUCUAUAUGAAUACCAAGCCCAGGCCGCAGGUGAUUUAAGUUUCCCAGCAGGAGUUCUCAUUGAAAUUGUCGAACGUACAGCCAACGUCAACGAAUGGUGGACCGGUAGAUAUAACGGUCAACAAGGUGUUUUCCCUGGUAACUACGUCCAAAUGAACCAAUAG